UUAACAAUAAUGAAAUCGAUUUGGAAAGUUUUUUUGAAGCAGUAUAUCAUGAUAGUAUGGAUAUUAAAUCAUUGAACAAAAGUAUAGAAGCUAUUACAAUUGAGAAAAGUCAAUUAUUUGAUGAUUUUGAUUCAACUGGAAAAAAUUCACUUAAUGAUGGAAAGAAAAAGCAUGGCCUCAAUCAUUGUAGUUACUGCAAGGCAGCAGGUCACAAUAUUACAAUAUAUUCUAAAAAGAUCAAUGAUCAGCAAUAA